AUGGAGACUCUUACCAUCCACAGAGACGGAUCGUGCAACUUUAGUGAGCCGACUGAACGGAUUACACGCUUUCAUGGCUGCUCUCCUGUCACAUUAACAACUCCAAACAUGUCCAAAAGCCUGAAGAAGAAAAGUCACUGGACUAACAGAGUCCACGAGGUCGUGUUAUCCAGGGGUCCGAGUGGUGAUCUUGGGUUCGAGCUGCAGGGAGGCGCGGAGAAUGGACAGUUCCCCGUUAUCGGAGAGGUGAAACCGGACAGGCGCAAACUGCACCAGGACGAGCUACUUCUGGAGGUCAAUGAUACUCCAGUGGCCGGACUGACCAUCAGGGAUGUGUGGGCUGUGGUCAGACACUGCAAAGACCCUGUGCGCCUUAAGUGUGUCAAGCAAGGAGGUGUUGUAGAUAAAGAUCUCAGGCAGUAUCUCAACCUGCGUUUCCAGAAGGGCUCUUUGGACCAUGAGCUGCAACAAAUAAUUCGGGACAACCUCUAUCUUCGUACGGUACCCUGUACAACCAGACAGCCUAAAGAAGGAGAGGUUCCGGGAGUAGACUACAACUUUGUGACCGUUGAGCGGUUUGUGGAAUUGGAGAGAAGUGGAGCUUUGCUGGAAAGUGGAACUUAUGAAGAUAACUAUUACGGCACCCCGAAGCCCCCGGCAGAGCCCAGCCCACUGCUGCUGAAUGUAGCUGAGCAGCUGUUGCCAGGCGCUACACCCAGAUCACAGGGCAAACGCAGACGUAACAAGUCCGUCAGCAACAUGGAGAAGGCUGGCAUCGAGCCGCCUGAAGAGGAAGAGGAGGAGAGGCCCGUCAUCAACGGCAACGUAGUGGCCAUCACCCCAGAGUCCAGUGAACAUGAAGACAAGAGUACAGACGCCUCAGGAGAGAUGCCCACCACAUGCCCCUCCGAGACCUCCACAGAUGCCCCUAAAGAAGAGACAGAACCACCAAAAUCACCUCUCAAACUGGACGAGAAUGACGAGUUGGAUCCUCUGCCAGAUAACUGGGAGAUGGCUUACACUGAGAAAGGAGAAGUGUACUUUAUAGACCACAAUACGAAGACGACGUCCUGGUUGGACCCCCGGCUUGCGAAGAAAGCGAAGCCCCCUGAAGAAUGCAAAGAGAACGAGCUUCCUUAUGGCUGGGAGAAAAUCGAUGACCCUGUUUAUGGAACCUACUAUGUUGAUCACAUAAACAUGCAGAGUCAGGGCUUGUCCUCUCUCCCCCUACCUACAGUCUACAGAGAGAAGCCUCUGUUCACGCGGGACCCCACGCAGCUGAAGGGCAGCUUUCUGUCUACAGCCCUACAGAAAAGCAACAUGGGAUUUGGCUUCACUAUCAUCGGUGGUGAUGAACCAGAUGAGUUCUUACAGGUCAAAAGUGUCAUACCGGACGGGCCUGCUGCACAGGAUGGGAAAAUGGCUACAGGAGAUGUGAUUGUCUACAUUAAUGAUGUCUGUGUCCUGGGCACCACCCACGCUGAUGUGGUGAAGCUUUUCCAGUUGGUGCCAAUCGGACAAAGCGUAACACUCGUCCUUUGCAGGGGUUACCCUCUUCCGUAUGACCCGGAGGACGCAGCCAGCACUUUGCUGUCCCCCCUCAGUCUAAUUGAUCGCCCUCUGCUGGUCAACGGAAGGAAUAGCUACGACAGCUACAUGGAGUACAUCUCCCGCACCGCUCGCUUCAUCGACCCAAUCCAAACAACGUUGGUGCAGCCUCACCCUGGAGACACCCACCUGGACGCCGGACUGCUGGAGGACAGCGUCUCAAUGGCGUCGUCAGGGGCGGCCGGAGGAGAGCUGCUAACAGUUACCAUGGUGAAAGGGGCGGAUGGGUUUGGAUUCACCAUAGCAGACAGUAAUGGAGGACAGAGGGUGAAGCAGAUUCUGGAGGCGCAGGGGUGCCCGGGGCUGUGCGAGGGCGAUCUGAUUGUGGAAAUUAACCAGCAAACCGCGCUAACGCUGUCACACACACAGGUGGUGGAGCUGCUAAAAGAGUGUCCUGUUGGAGCUGAGUCCACGUUGGUUGUGCAGAGAGGAGGGGCAGGUCACUUUUCACCUUGGAAGACUUCUAAACAGGUCGUGGAACAUUGGGAUCCUCACAGCAGUCCCACAACCAGUCUAUCUAUCCAUGCUCUCCCUCACAGCGCUCCAUAUCUGCACUGGCCCUCAGGUCCAGAGUUUGACCUGACCAAGCCUGACCCCUAUGACCUGUAUGAGAAGUCCAGGGCUAUCUAUGAGAAUAGGCAGCCAGGGCUUCCUCGAGGAGCUCUCCUAGCUGACCCUUCCGAGUUCCAGGAGGUGGAGGUGCACUUGCGCAGACAGAAGUCCGGUUUUGGCUUCAGGAUCCUGGGCGGAGAGGAACCAGGACAGCCUGUGAGUCCGGAGGCUCAGAAGAAGAUCCUGAUUGGUGCAGUCAUCGAGAAGAGCCCAGCAGAUAAAGACGGGCGUCUCCGGCCAGGAGACGAGCUGAUGUCAGUCGAUGGGAUCCCUGUGGCUGGAAAACCCCACCGUUACGUCAUUGACCUCAUGCACGGGGCGGCUCGGACUGGGCAGGUUAAACUCACUGUACGACGGAGAAUUCAGUCCACAGGUGAACACUGUCCAGAGAAUGGCCGCAGUCCUGGAUCGACCCAGCACAGUUCCCCGAGGAGUGACUUCAACUCCAGAAUGUUCUAUAACAACUCCGCCCCCUUGCAAAACUCUGCCCCAUCCACCACAGGCUCCUCCCCACCAGACACUGUAGCCAAUCACAAUCUGCAGCCUAGUGAUGUCACCAUCCAGCGCAAGGAGAGCGAAGGGUUCGGAUUCGUUAUUAUCAGUUCACUGAACAGGCCUGAAUCUGCAGCUGCUGCUGCCGUACCCCAUAAGAUCGGCCGGAUCAUUGAGGGAAGUCCAGCAGACCACUGUGGGAAGCUCAGGGUUGGAGAUCGUAUUUUGGCCGUCAACAAUCAGUCUAUCGUCAACAUGCCACACGCCGACAUCGUCAAACUGAUCAAGGACGCGGGACUCAGCGUCACACUCAGGAUCAUCCCUCAGGAGGAGACAAACAGCACGCCUUCUGCAGGCAGCUCAGAGAAGCAGAGCCCUAUGGCCCAGCCCAGUCCAGUUUGCCAACCCAGCACUGUGAACCAGACGGGUGCUGCCCAUCCACCCAACUCCACCCCUCAACCCAACUCUGCACCUCAGCCCGGCCCCAUAAUGCAGCCUAGUUCAGAAGCACAACCGAGCCCUGUCACUCAAACCAGCCCAGCUAAUCAGCCUAGCUCAGUGACCCAACAGAACCCGCCCACCCAGCCAUCCGCAGUGCCAGUACAGAUCUACAGCAAUGACAGCAGCUACAGGUCAGAGGUGAAAGCAAGACAGGAUGUAAAACCUGAUAUUCGGCAGCCGUUCACUGAUUACCGGCAGCCCCCGGUGGACUACCGACACCCUCCUGUAGCAGACUACCGACAGCCACCAACGCUCGAUUAUAGACACCCCCCGCUGCUGGACUACAGACAGCUGUCCACUGACCCUCGCACCUUCCCCUUACCCGACUACAGGAUGCCACAGGAUUUUGAUUACUUCACGGUUGAUUUAGAAAAGGGUAUGAAAGGUUUUGGCUUUAGUAUCCGUGGAGGCCACGAGUAUAAGAUGGACCUGUUCGUUCUACGAUUGGCUGAAGAUGGACCAGCAAUACGCAAUGGAAGAAUGAGGGUUGGUGAUCAGAUCAUUGAAAUAAAUGGGAAGAGCACGAGGGAUAUGACCCACGCUCGGGCCAUUGAACUCAUCAAAUCGGGUGGCCGUAGAGUUCGCCUGCUGCUCAAGAGAGGCACAGGGCAGGUCCCUGAGUAUGCAGAUAGUCCCACCCCCUGGGAUGCUCACACUACAGCCUCCCCAAGUCUGUCGGAAGUAGCACCACCCCUCGACAGCUUACCUAAUCCAUCAGCUUCUUCUCAUAUGAACCCACCCACCGACCCACCUCAUACAUCGUCCUUGGAAGCAGUAGGUCCAGACUGUUCCCAGGGUCCUAGAGGCCCAGAGGAUAAGGCUUUAGAGCAGGCCAGUGUGGGGAAGAGGUCAGCCCUGGCAGGUGGAGUUGGGUGUGGGACCAAGCAGAGGGAGGGUAGCAGGACCAACCGUCGCUCUAGUGGAGGGAAGAGCCAGCAACAAUACCUUGAUGAGCUUGCGGGAGAGCCCAAAUCCCACAAAAGCAGCCGGGCGAAGUCCAAGGAGCGCAGGAGGGAGCGGAGCAACACACCAUCUCGAAAGCGAGACUCGCCUAAAACUUCUCCAGAUGACACCAACAUGAAUGGGGGAAACGGAUGCCUAGAUGGUUGCAACAACCAACAUGGAGCUCUGGUGCCAUUCAAAGCCCUACCAAAGGAACCAGAGAAAGGGCAAAUGAGUUGUCCCAGCCACAACUCCAAGACCAGCAGCAGUGCAUCAGGCAGGAAGGCCACAGUAUCCCCUGGGCCAUGGAAGAUCCCUGGUUCGGACAAGCUACCCAGUACCCUGUGCUCAGCCACCUCCACCAUCAGCAGAUAACAUCUCAUCAGAAUCUCAGGCCCAAGUUUACACCUUACUUUUGGCCUUGACUUCUUGACAUCUUUGGGACUGGUUGGGCUUGGGCUCUUCUUGAUUGGUUUUCACAGGCUUGCUCUACUUGGAAGAGAUUGGUUUUAACCAUGACCAGGUACCACCCUUCCACAAUCCUCACUAAAGACCUUUCCAUGCAUUUCUAGACAGAGCAUUUUUUAUUUAUAUUUUAUUCUAAGUUAUUUUAACAGAUAGGACACCCACCACCUUAAGAACUGGAAGCAUCCACUCCAAAAAUGGAACCACGUUGGAAUGAGUGAAGCAUGUUGUGUGCAAAAAGAAUCCCAGACUUGUUUAAACUUAGGGAAAAGCACUCAAGAUUCAGAGAUGUACAUGCAUAGAGAACCACUAACUCUUGAACCACCACUGGUGGCUACAGCAAUUUUUAUACGCUUUCAUUAAAAAAUGAAGAAUACUGAAGGAGUUGCCUGAUAUAUAGUUUUUGUGUAUUUGAAGAAUGAAUAUGAUUAAAAAGAUUCUAUAUGAGCGGACACUCGACUAUGGAACUCUGCCUUAAAGACUGACCUGCAGAUGUCUGUAUAAGGGUCGGUAAAAUGAAUAUAGAAAUAGAUAUAUUAUAUGACUGCAUAUAUGUGAGACAUAUUGUAAAUAUGGUCUUUACACACCAUUGUGAGCCCAUACUGGAGUAUUGAUAUCAUACACAGUGUAAGAGUGUAAUCUAGAAUUCAUUCCUACUCCACUUUAAGGUGCGUUCCCACUGACAGCGAUAUAAACUUGAGUGGUUGCUAAUCGGUGUUACUACUCAACUUCAAUAUAGAACUCUAACAGGAAACAGAUCACAUGACCUUCACUGUCUACACUGACAUUGGUAGUUGAAGCCUCAAGUUCAAGAUCAACACCAACGGUCGAUUGUGUCUCUUAAAAUCGCAAACUCUCAUUGAUGAUUUAUGACUACCAGUUGCUGCAAAUCGCUGUCAGUGUGAGUACCCAAUUUCUGAAGGAGCCACUGAGCCU